AUGAAGCUCGUCCGCUUCCUCAUGAAGCUCUCCAACGAGACGGUCACCAUCGAGCUCAAAAACGGCACGAUCGUCAGCGGCACAGUGGCGGGCGUCGACGUCUCGAUGAACACGCACUUGAAGCAUGUCAAAAUGACGCUCAAGGGCGAGCGAAACCCCCGCGCCGCCACCCUCGCCGCUUUUCCGCCACCACCCAUCCGCCCCCGCUGGCCUCCUCGCCGGCGCAACCCGGUGAGCCUGGACACGCUGUCGAUCCGCGGCUCCAACGUGCGCUAUUUCAUCCUUCCCGACUCACUCAACCUCGACACGCUUCUCGUCGACGACACGCCGAAGCUCGUGCAAAAGCGAGCGAGCGCGCCGGUCGGGCGCGGGCGAGGACGCGGGCGCGGGCGCGGGCGCGGGCGCGGGCGGUGA